AUGCAUUCAGAUACUAUUGAUAUCGAUCCGGAUUUCUAUACGAUGGAAAAGGCGUAUGGGGAGGAUGAUUGGAAAUCAUAUCAGUCGUUGAAGUCUGAAGACUACUGGUCACCAUCCGAUGAACUGCAAUUUGAAGCCUAUGAGACCGGACAUAUUAUAUUCCUUUUGCUCGAUUAUCAUAGGAACAACCCGCUUCACCGAGCCCUGGUUAAGCCUAAACAUGUUCUUGAUGUCGGGACCGGAAAGGGAAGCUGGGCAAUCGAUAUGGCCGACAUGUACCCCGAUGCGACCGUUCGUGGCGUAGAUCUCUACCCACCCCCUGAUACUUGGAUCCCCCCAAAUUGCGUCUUCGAGGUGGACGACCUACUUCAACCAUGGACAUGGACCGAUAAGUUUGAUCUCAUUUAUCUGCGCCAUAUGCUAGGGUCAUUUGACUGGGACGGAUGGGCUACACUGUAUAACAACUGCUACGAAAACCUCGAACCGGGCGGCUGGAUCGAACAAUUCGAGUUCAACAUUCAAGUCUUCAGCGACGAUAAAUCCUUACCGCAGGAUACCAUUCUCAGCCAAUGGGCGGAUAUCUGGCACCCUGUUAGCGAACGAGCCGGGCGUCCCUUCCAGGUCCAAGAUAAGAUGCGAUCCAGCUUGGAGAGGGCUGGCUUUGUUGAAAUCCAGGAGAAGGUUUACAAAGUUCCCGUUGGACCGUGGGCGAGAGAUCCGGUCCUCAAGGAGCUCGGUCUUCUUCACAACCAGCAUUGGGCCACUGGAUUGGAGGGUUAUUGUAUGUGGCUACUUACCACGUUUGGACUACCUACUCCCUGGUCACCAGAAGAGGUACAAGUAUUCUUGGCCAAAACGCGGUCAGAAUUAAAGAAUCCUGCCUUCCAUGGCUAUCAAUAUGGACGACGAAUCUGGGCUAGGAAGCCCAGAGAGGAUGAGAUAAAGAAGCAAGUACUUGACACACCGAUCAAACGGGAGCCGUCGCCGUAG